GCGAAUGAGAUGCGACUGGGCUGCAGAAGCAGAAAUCUGCGCUCAUCCCGGGAGUCUAUACCACACGGACUCAACAGCAUCAGAGCGGCAGAUGGAACUGGAAAAUAUCGUUAAAUAUAUGUAACUGCCUCUGUUAGCACAUGUUCUGUGUCUUUUCCGGCCGAGGAAAAGGUUGUUAGUGGAGGUCGCUGCGCCACAACGACUGUCCGGCUUCACCAACUGUGACCCGAGCAUCAGGAAGAAGGUAGCCAACGGGCUAAAGGAAUAUCCUCCCAGGCUUCAUGGCUGAACCGGAGCUGCUGCUGGACUCCAACAUUCGGCUCUGGGUGGUGUUGCCCAUUGUUUUCAUCACCUUUCUUGUUGGAGUCAUCAGGCAUUAUGUAUCCAUUCUGCUUCAAAGUGACAAAAAGUUGACAUUAGAGCAGGUGUCUGACAGUCAGGUCCUUAUUCGAAGCAGAAUUCUAAGAGAAAAUGGAAAAUACAUUCCUAAACAGUCUUUUUUAAUGAGGAAGUUCUACUUCAAUAAUCAAGAAGAUGGAUUUUUUAAGAAGACCAAAAGAAAGGUGGUUCCACCUUCCCCGAUGACAGAUCCCAGCAUGCUGACAGAUAUGAUGAAAGGCAACGUGACUAAUGUUCUUCCCAUGAUCCUCAUCGGAGGCUGGAUCAACUGGACCUUUUCAGGAUUCGUAACAACCAAAGUUCCUUUCCCUCUUACGCUGCGCUUCAAACCCAUGUUGCAGCAAGGAAUAGAACUGCUCUCCCUGGAUGCUUCCUGGGUGAGUUCAGCAUCAUGGUACUUCCUGAAUGUCUUUGGACUUCGCAGCAUGUACUCAUUAAUCCUUGGCCAGGAUAAUGGUGCAGAUCAGUCGAGGAUCAUGCAGGAGCAGAUGAGUGGUGCAGCUAUGGCCAUGCCGGCAGACACAAAUAAAGCCUUCAAGGCCGAGUGGGAGGCAUUGGAGCUGACUGACCAUCAGUGGGCGCUAGAGAGCGUUGAGGAAGAACUGAUGAGCAGGGAGCUGGACUUUGAUGGCUUGUUCAGCAAGGAACUGCCAAGUGGUAUCUUCUGAGAACUGAGAGACUUCAGCUUCAGUUUUUAUUACUGCAGGGAUUUGGUUUUGGUUAAAACUACAGAAACAGGACAAAUCCCUUCAUGUUAUGCAAAGUUUACAUUCCUUUAUUUUGAGGUCCUUGUCCCUUCACAUGUAUAACUUUUCCAUCCCUGUCUGUUUUACAUGAGAUAUCUGAAAUAACUUAAUAUACACUGGUUUGGUUCUUGCGUAUAAGAAAUCAUUGCUUUGUUUUUUUCAUCUUUUGACAAGAUGUCUGAGAGAGAUUCAGUGAUUGUUUGCUAAUUGAAAUGCAGUGAUAUUAGUUUGCAGCUGUAUGCCAUAAUGCCAUUUGCUGAAGAAUGUGAACUAUCUAGUACUUAUUUUUCCAUGUCUUGCACAGCUGUGUUCUUUUCAUCAUCACUAUUAUCACAGUUGAUAACAUACACCAUUUUACAAGUGUGAAUGAUUAUUUAAUUCCUUAAUUCUUUAUUAGAUCGUAGUUCAUGUCUGUUGGAAAUAGACCCACAACAAAUUAGGUGUUUGCUGAGAAUGUGUGGUUGAAAUAUUAUGUAGAUGGUUUAUUUUGUAAUGUAACUCUCCUUUGUUUUGUACAGUAUAAAGCCUGUUUUGACUAAA